UAGGAGCACAGUGUGAGCAGCGCUGCGCUAAGUAACAAGUAAACAAAAACAGGCAGAUGACCGUGGACCGGUUUGCUCUGGCGGAUUUAACGCACAUUUUGUUCAAUUUGCACUCCAUAUGUAGACGGCCUGGUAAGAUGGUCUGAGCAGAGAGAAACACGAAGACGAGGAGGAUAGCGCGGCGUCAAGCCCACAGCCAGGUGGAUGUACUGCCGGGGAGCCGCCAGGGGGCAACAGAGAGCGGGGAAGUGCUAGAGAAGAGGCGCAGGCUGACAGGUCGGCUACAGAUGCGAUGGAUGAGGUGGAGGAAGCUAGAACUCCUGCUGAUCUGCCUGAUGACACAGAGCAGGUUGGAGAGCCUCAGACAAUAGACACUGUUGGAAACUCUGAAGAAACCGAUGUGCUGGAGACUGCUGAAGAAGCGGAAACUCAGACCUAUCUAUCCGAUGAUGAGGAGCAGCUUAUAGAGCCUCAGACAGCAGACAGUGUUGGAAACGCUACAGCAACAGUGAAGGUGGUGCUGGUGCCUCAUGGUCAUGUGAUGACGGUGGCCUUCGCCAUCGGUCUCAGCAUUCAGGAGCUGAAGUGUCACCUCGCCUCAGAACUCAGAGUUCCUGUGGAAGUGCUACAGAUCUCUCUGGAUGGCAGGGUGGUGGCGGAGAACCAGAGCCUGAUGGAGCUAGGCGUCCAGCCUAACAGCUCUACCCGGCUGGAGAUGAGCUCCAUUGACCCGACCACCCACCCACUCCGCCCCCUUCACCCUCCAGAGCAUGACAACAUGCCAGACGUCAUCACUGUGCGAGUCAAAACAGAUGAUGGAGUUUUCCAGGAGGUGGUGGUGGAGAUUGAGUGUCCCCGCCAGCAGAAGGCCUUCGUGGGCGGCUACAGACACCGGCUGACAGGGGCGGAGUUCCACCACGCUGCAGUCCAGACCCUGCCCAAGAAGAGGGCGGACAGUGGAGUGGGCCUCUUCAGCCGCGGCACACAGACAGCAGAGCAAAAGUCUCAAAGCCAUCAGUGUCCGGUCAGCGUCUCCACCCAGAUGACUUGGAUCGGCUGCUACGUCUCCUGUAUGAAUGACAAGCUGGUCACCCCCGGCAACUACGUCACUGCUGAGGAGUACCACAAUGAGAGGCUGAGAGCUGUCAUCUGUCUGCAGUCAUUUGUCCGGCGCUGGUUCGCCCAGAAGGCGGUGGACCGGCUGAGGAGGCAGCGGGAUCGGCGGCUGGCCUGGCUGAAGCUGCAGGAGAAGAGGAGGAAGGAGGAGAAGGAGGAGGAGCUGAGAGAACGACACCGGCGCUGGAUGAACCCGCAGAGGAGGGAAGACUUCAAUCUGCUGUACCACUCCCUGGAGAAGUGGUGGUGUGAAGAGGAGCAGUGGAUCAACUUGUCCAUGCGAGGAGCUGAGAGGAAGGCAGCUCUCUGCACGCUGCUGGAGCAGGAGACUCAGCUCAUCGCCGCCAUCGGAUGCCAUCGCAUCGCUGUCCAGAAGGACAACUAUGACAAAACCAUCAGGAACUUCCUCAACAAGUCUGCAGCUCCUCGUCAGUGGCGAGCAGCAGACGGUCGACUGAUCGAGAUGGACAGUCAACAAACCAUCAGAGCCAGAGAGCUGCGAGACCUAUACAAUGAUAUUAACCAGCCAGCUGCGAGCCAGGAGCAGAGAUUCAACGUCCUGACAACACUCAAACGCACCAUCAAGGAGCAUCCGUGUCAACUGACCCAGGACAUGGUGGAUCUGAUAGAUCGGGAAGAGGAGCUGAUGACUCGGAGUGUUAAGGCAGCGAAUCUGGAGGGGCUGAGGAGGAGGAUCUCCACACUGUUCCUCCAGUUUAUCAAAACACCAGCGUUCAACCCGGAGGUGGCCAAGCUGCUCAUGAAUCCCACCCAGCUGAAGAACGACAUGUUCUUCUGCCGCAGCUGUCACCGCUACCUGCGCUCUGCCAACAUCAGCCUGGGCGCCAGCACUCGUCUAAAUGUCCGUUGUCGGGACUGCGCCAGUCUUGACAACAUAGCUAGGGCCCGCGUUGACUUCUCCUGCUACAAGAACAUCCUGAGGAGGCUCAGAGUGGACGAACAGCUGCUCAAUGAUGAUGCCAAGAUCCCCUUCCUGCUCCAGGUGGAGGACGUGCAGUACCUGGUCGAGGUGAUCUGGUCAUCCUGCUCAGCCCUCAAAGCCAGCAGCGACCUCUACAGCCUGGUGUUUGUUCGCUGGGAUAGUAAAAGGGACUGGAGCCCCUGGAACUGCAUCCUACUGUCCAAGGAAGAGACGUCAGCUCACCUGGAGUUGCAACACGUCCUCAAGGCAUACGAGGCUACUUUCAUUCAAAUGAUUGAACACAGACACAUGCUGGCUCGACGCCACUUCAGCCAGAUCCCCGUCAUGGCCAAGUACCUGGACUCCCAGCUAGCUGCUGAACAGGGCAACUAGCCCUCGUGUCCUCACGCCCUAAUGCAGUUUGUCACUUUCUGAAACAAUUGGUCUGAAAUUGAAAAUAAAGGUCCCGACGGUUACA